AUGGAUACACUUUGUUUGGAUAUUUCAACAAAUAGAUUUUCAAGAGAUUUGUUGCAGAGGUUUAUGGGUAGUAGUAGUAGUAGUGGGAAUGAGACAAUGAAAGAGGAGGAUCAGGAGAUUGAGUUGAAUCUUGGACUGUCAUUGGGAGGGAGAUUUGGUGUGGACAAGAGUUCUAAUAAGUUAGUGAGGUCUUCUUCUGUAGCGGAGUGUUUACCGGUGGUGAGAGAUGAUAAUGAUGCCGUGGCACCACCGUUGGUGGCUUAUACAGGCCUGUUGAGGACCUCUUCACUGCCCGCAGAGACAGAGGAGGAAUGGAGGAAGAGGAAGCAAUUGCAGACCUUGAGGAGAAUGGAGGCUAAGAGGAGGAGGUCGGAGAAGCAGAGGAAUUUAAAAAGUGACAAAGAAGGAGGAGGUCGUGGUGGUGGAAAUUUAAGUCUGGAGGAGAAAGAGGAAAUUGAGGUGAAUCUGAGAGAGAGAUUGGAGAGAGAGAGGUCUUUGGCCGCUGCGGCAAGGUCAGGUUUGCCAUUCCGUUUGUCCACGUGGGCUGCCACCGCUACUGAUCAGGCCAUUCAAGGUGGGAUUGAUGAGGCACUAGUCCAAGGAAAGGGGAAUUAUUUGGGAGGUAGUGGUGGGAUGCAAAACUCAAUGGAAUCAAAAAGAGGGAGUUCUUCGAGUAUGUCUGAAUUCGACACUAAAGCUUUUGGAGGAUCCAGCAGUGGUGGUGAACUGAGCCCCGGCAGUAUCCAGUCUUUGCAAGAGGGAAUCAAUCAGGGUGUUGGCUUGUCUGGGACGAAAGCAAGAGAAAAUAUGAGCAGAAUGACUCGACCUGACACAGAGAGUCUUUCUACGAGAUCUGACGUUGUAAGAAAUCGAGGAAGGGAAAUUGGGACGAAUGCAGUGGAGGAUAUGCCUUGUGUUUUCACAAAGGGAGAUGGUCCUAAUGGUAGGAGAGUGGACGGGAUACUAUACAGAUACGGAAAGGGAGAAGAAGUGAGAAUAAUGUGCGUAUGCCACGGCACCUUCCUCUCACCAGCCGAGUUUGUUGAGCAUGCUGGAGGCAGCGAUGUAGAUAAUCCGCUCAAGCACAUAGUUGUGAACCCGAAUGCUUCUUCCCUGAUAUAA